AUGGAACAAACACAUGAACCCAACAGCGCGGCGCUGUAUAACACGCGGAGACGACAAGGAUCUAUCGGAGGCCAGCAAGUUCUUGAUAGCAUUAUAUCCGCUUCAAAUUUCGACCGAGACGAAGUUGAUCGCCUCCGAAAGCGGUUUAUGAAAUUGGACAAAGAUAACUCGGGAACUAUUGAAAGAGAAGAGUUUCUUUCGCUUCCACAGGUGUCUUCGAACCCACUUGCCACACGAAUGAUUGCGAUUUUCGACGAAGACGGUGGUGGCGAUGUCGAUUUCCAAGAAUUCGUGUCUGGGCUGUCGGCGUUCAGCUCCAAGGGCAACAAAGAAGAAAAGCUUCGUUUCGCAUUCAAAGUGUACGAUAUCGAUCGCGACGGAUACAUUUCCAACGGCGAGCUGUUCAUUGUGUUGAAGAUGAUGGUGGGCAGCAAUCUGAAAGACGUGCAGCUGCAGCAGAUUGUCGACAAGACCAUCAUGGAGGCCGACAAGGAUCAGGAUGGCAAGAUCAGCUUUGAUGAGUUCAAGGAGAUGGUGGAGAACACCGAUGUGAGCAUGAGCAUGACUUUG